UCAGUCGCUUGCGAGUUGGCGUGGCGAGUUGUUCACGAGUGGGGGGAGUUGUGACGUGGUCGUAGCCUCCCGCGCGCUUCGGAAACCACUCCUCUUCUUCUCAGGGGAGGAAGAAAUAAGGGAAACACGUGUGCCACGUGAUUCCUCGUUUCUAAAACAAAACAGGAUUUCCGUAGUUGUGGCACGUCUGCCUGUGUUUUCUCAACCUCGUGAACGUAGACCCCGCGGGACUCAUCAACUUUCCGAAUGUUUUUUUAAACUUUAUAACUCGUUGGAAAGUCUCGUUUUUUCCCCCCCCCUUCCGCGAGUUCACGGUCGGACGACUCGUGUUCGAACCUCGGUGCGGGAUGUUGACUUCGCCGCGAUAAACCAGAAGGGGUGAUCGGUCGCUACGUUCUAACCAGAAGACGCGUUGGAUAUGUGCAGCGGCCUUUUGCCGAGAGUUUGUCGUCGGCAGUCGCCCCGAGACCGCGUCCUCUCGAGCUGUCCAGGAUUGUCCUCUGAAAUGGGCCGCGGCACACCAGGGCAGCAGGCACGGCGCGCCUCGGACUGAGCUCGCUGCCAUGUCCCGCCCGCACCAUGCCCCGCGGCCAGUCGCUCUGCUGGCCGCCUGCCUGUCCCUCUGCCUGCCCCUGGUCGCCGCCUGGGUGCACGACGUCCAGCCCAAGAUGUACUUCCAGCUCGGUGAGUACAGUGUCCAGUGUCCAGUGUCCAGUGUCCAGUGCAAUCUGCCCGCGAGGUGCAGAGGCGAGCUGACGCCGCAGAGGUUCCUGGGUAACGAGUCCCACAAGGACCACUUCAAGCUGCUGGAGAAGGACCACAGCUCGCUGCUCGUCGGAGCCAGGAACAUCGUCUACAACAUCAGCCUGCGAGAUCUCACAGAGUUCAUCGACCAGAGGAUCGAGUGGCACUCCUCUGGGCCUCACCGGGACAUGUGCUACCUCAAGGGCAAGUCCGAGGACGACUGCCAGAACUACAUCCGAGUGCUGGCCAAGAUAGCGGACGGCAAGUUGCUGAUAUGUGGCACCAACGCCUACAAGCCGCUCUGCAGACACUACCACCACAGCAACGGGGACUACAUAGUGGACAAAGAGUACGAAGGAAGAGGACUGUGUCCCUUCGACCCCGACCACAACAGCACAGGAGUAUACAGUGACGGACAGCUGUACUCUGCCACGGUAGCGGACUUCUCGGGCACGGACCCGCUGAUAUACCGGGAGCCCCUGAGGACGGAACGCUCUGAUCUCAAGCAGCUGAAUGCUCCCAAUUUUGUUAGUUCCAUGGAGUACGACGACUUCAUAUUUUUCUUUUUCCGGGAGACGGCGGUGGAGUACAUCAACUGCGGAAAGAUGGUGUACUCGAGGGUGGCGCGAGUGUGCAAGCACGACAAGGGAGGCCCGCACCAGUUCGGCGACCGCUGGACAUCGUUCCUCAAGUCGCGCCUCAACUGCUCCGUCCCGGGAGACUACCCCUUCUACUUCAACGAGAUACAAUCCACGAGCGAGAUCGUCCACGGCAGGUACGGCCAGCAGGCGGAGGAGAUGAUCUACGGGGUGUUCACGACGCCGGUGAACUCGAUCGGGGGCUCGGCGGUGUGCGCGUUCAGCCUGCGGUCGAUCCUGGGCUCGUUCGAGGGCCCGUUCAAGGAGCAGGAGACGAUGAACGCCAACUGGCUGGCCGUGCCGACCUUGAAGGUGCCGGAGCCGCGGCCGGGCCAGUGCGUCAACGACAGCCGCACGCUGCCCGACGUCUCGGUGAACUUCGUCAAGUCGCACACGCUCAUGGACGAGGCGGUGCCCCCCUACUUCUCCCGCCCGCUCAUCAUCCGCAUCAGCCUGCAGUACAGGUUCACGAAAAUAGCAGUGGAUCCGCAAGUGAGAACUCCGGAUGGGAAGGCGUUCGACGUACUCUUCAUCGGAACAGACGACGGCAAGGUGAUCAAGACGCUGAACGCGGCGGCGUGCGACGGCAACGGCACGGUGCGCGGCGCGGUGCUGGAGGAGCUGCAGGUGCUGCCGCCUGGCGUGCCCGUCACCAACCUGCAGGUGGUGCGACCGGCCGGCGACGAGGGCAAGCUGGUGGUGGUGUCGGACGACGAGGUGCUGGGCGUGCCGCUGCACCGCUGCGACUCGGACAAGAUCACCAGCUGCCGGGAGUGCGUCGCGCUGCAGGACCCCUACUGCGCCUGGGACACGACUCUGCAGCGCUGCGUGGGCGUGGGUUACCCCGACGGAGCCCCGGGAGCGGCACGCCUGGUGCAGAGCGUGGCGCGAGGGGAGCACCCCGCCUGCGGCCAGCACAAGAAAGAGGAAAAGCCCCCCGCGCCAGACGUCUCCAAGCACCAGUCGAACAAAGACCUCGAGGCUGCGGUCACUUGCCCCCCGUGCGCCUGCGCGAGCCCGGGCACGGACGGCCGCGCGCCAGACACAGCCGGCGGUCCGGGGCCCGCAUCUCCCCACCGCCCGGCCGGCGAGUAUGACUCUGAGAUAUUCAACAAUCAGAUAGUCAUCGAGCUGGACGAAAGCAACAAGAUACCCAACUCUCUGGCCGAGAUCAACCAACCAGGCCCCAAGCUGCCCUCGUCGCAGCAGAAGCUGCCCAUCUACACUGCCGAGACCCUGAGCAUUGCAGUCGCCACCUCCUGCCUCGCCGCGCUCGCCGUCGGCUUCGUGUCGGGCUUCCUGUUCUCGCGGCGUUGCCGUGGUGACCAGUACAACCAGAUGGCCUUCAACGACCAGCACCACCAGCUCAACAGGUUGACGGAGGGCGGACUGAACGUCGACGCAGCCUACCUGCCCCCCUGUGCCAACAACAAGGCGGCCAUCAACCUGGUUCUGAACGUGCCGCCAAAAAACGCCAACGGCAAGAACGCCAACUCUUCGGCCGAGAACAAGCCCAUCCAGAAGGUGAAGAAGACAUACAUUUAGCAGAAAUCCGCGGCUUUCCUAGCGCAGACCCGUUUCAUCCAUUUUACUGAGACUCUGCUGAAGAACGUCCUGAGGAAAGUGAAAAAGCUGUGAGAUGAUUUGAUUCCGAUCGACUGCUUUUUAUGGGGAUGUCUUAGGAAAGCAAGCAAAUGUAUACAUAUUUAGACUUACGAAAAAUGUUCUAAAAUAGAUGCUACAGUGAAGUGAUUCGGCGCAGUGCAGUCUUUUAGUGCUCGUAGAAAUGAGAGAAAUAAAGUGCAGUGCAUUGUCAGUUUGUUAGCUGAGAGAAGCAGGGAUUUUUAUUAUAGUAUUCAAAUGUUAAUGUGCUAAACUGCAUACAAGAUGGCUGCAGUGUUUGGUGAACAAGAACACAUUCCAGUGGAGAAAACUGGGACACAAGUGAUUGCAAGAGAAACAAUAGUUUUUUGAACGCAAUGAACGCAACAAGCGUAUUCGUGGUGGAGUAGAGCAAAUAGGUUGUCUGUUAGGAAGCAGUUGAGUUUAAAAGGGCAAGAGAUGAUGUGUGGAGCUAGGUUGUAGAGGAAGAUAUGUUUACUUGAUAUCUAUUAGUCGGAAUUAUAUUUCUCAGCACGAACUUAGUUACUUAAAUAUCGCUUAUAUGUGUCAUAUAGCAGUUAGAAGUUGUGAUAUUUGCAAGUGUGUUGAUCAUAUUUUGAUAUUUUCUUGUAAUUACAAUAUUGUAGCACACGCCCUGUUUACGUGAAAUCGUACCCUUGUAUUUUGCCACCGUAUAUGCUGCACGCCACCUGCGUAUUGCUGGUUUUAUUUCUUAUGUCACGGACUGCUGACAGGUCACACCCACCCAUUUUCCAGUAUUGUUUGUGCGUGUAUGCUUUUUUUAUUUCCCAAUCUGGCUUGUACAAAUUAGUGCUAAGGUUUUAUCUCGUUGAGCCCUCUCCAUCUUCAAAGCUAUGUUAUAAGUAUGAGAAGACUGAGAGAAGAAAUUAUUAUUUGUACAUAACUGACUGUAUGUAUAUAGCAAUCAGAUGUAAUGCAUUGUUAAUAUUACAUUUAAAAUUUCUUUAUAAUGAUUCUGUGGGAGUAAGUUGUUCUUCAGAUGUUGCAUGCAGAAUCAUAGUGCCUUUUAGCAUUGUUUUUGGUUGUAUCGUGAGCAAAUCCUCCGAUAGGAGUACGGCAAAGAAGUAUGUUAUAUGAAAUCGCACGUAAAUUUCAUCUCAAAAUUUGUGAUGGAAUUAGCAGCUCUCUACAGAACCACGAAUCUGGUUAACAAAACUUUCUAAUCAACACUGUACCUAAUAUACAAUAUUGUAUUUAGUUCAGUGAGUGUAUUCUACAAACUCAUAUACAUGUAAUGUGUUUGUCCAGAGUUAGUGGUAUUAUCAGCAGUUUGCAAACUGAGUAAUUCCUUAUGUAAGUUGGUCUGCUAAUGCAUUAUACCAUACCAUGUAAUUCUUGAUGUAAGCUUAAUGAAAUGUAUAUACAUAUUUUCCGAGAGAUAUAAAUUUUAUUCCUCAAAGAGCAAAACCAAUUGACUGUGACACUUUGAAGCAACAUUUCCAUAAUAAUCUUUGCCAAAAAAUAUUUUCUAAUUAGGUACAUAUAUGUAGUUUGUCAUGACCGAUUAUCAUAAAACUUCAUAUUAUUAUUUUUGCUCUAUAUGCAUGUUUGGCCUACUUUGAAUUUUUUUUGUAUGACUAUUUUGUUUGUGUUGAAGGGUUCCGACUGUGUUUGUCGUCGGUUGAGAGAAGUUUCUGUGUCAUUGAACAACUUGUACUUUCAGAAAUAUACCAGUAUAAUUCUAAGUUUGUAACAUGUACAAAUUUUUUAUUAAAAGUAAAGAAUUUUAUUUCGGAUA